AUGGCUACGAAUUCGACAGAUGUUGAUACCAUCAAAGUCGACAUCAUCGCAGUCCACGGCCUCAAUCCCCGGAGCAAAGACGAUGCCAGGCAUGCGUGGGAUACAUGGUCUGGGUCAAACGGCAGCCUCUGCCUCCGUGACGAUCUUCCCAAGUCCCUGCCCGAGUCGCGGAUUUUCCUCUACGAAUACAACGCGACGGCGAUCUACGGAAGAGAUAGAAGCACCUUUCUCGACAAGGCGAGCGAAUUGCUCGAGGCAAUUCGAAUAGAACGAGACGACGGAGAGCGCCGGCUGAUCCUACUUCUUGGCCACAGCAUGUGCGGAUGCAACAACAUGACUGGCAUUCUUCGCCACCCCGCAAUACGGCGGCGACAGCAAGCUGGUACUCCUUGGAGGGGUGGCGGCCAAGAUUGCGACAACAUUCGGAUCUCAGCAGGGGGAAGAUAUAAUGGAGACACUGAAGAAGGGGAGCAUAUUUUCAGGUAUAAUGCGAGAGAAUUGGAGGCACCGAUUGCUGGACUGCAACAUCGUCUCCUUCUGGGGAAUAUCGUCCCAGAAGAGAGCUCACGAUUCAACCUACCGGGUGAUCGCGAGCACGUCGUGAAACUAAGGGCAGACCAUAGCGGGGUGUGCAAGUUUGGUCUGAGCAUGGACGACCAGGACAACCUCAAGCUAGUUCGAAGAAACAUCCAGGAUCUCUAUAAAAUCGCUGUCAAAAAAGCAGAUGAAUCUCUUAUAAAAGCCCGCGAGGCGAGACCCCUUGAAACAAUGGACAGUUCCCUUUCUGUGGUCAAUAAGCUCCGCCCCUUCAUACCAAGUACAGGGUUCGCUAGCCGUGAAAAAGAGCUUGCUCGACUGGAAAAAUUGUUGUUUUCCCACAGCGGACCAGACAAGGUUGCUAUUUGCGGACUUGGUGGUGUUGGAAAAACACGACUCGCAAUGGAACUUGUCCGCCGAACGAAAGAGAGGCGACCGGAAUGUUUUAUUUUUUGGAUCCCAGCUAUAAGUCUGGAAACUCUUGAACGGACAUACACCCGAUAUGUCCAAGCUCUCAAGUUGCCAGGAUCGGAAGAUCCCGACGCAGAUGCCAAGAAGCUUCUUCAGAAUCACCUGAACGGGGGGACGCGAGCCAGUGGUUACUGA